UGUUUGCUAUUUCGGUUCAUUUGGCACGAUUGUUUUACUUCUGAAUUUCAUUCAUAUCAGCUGAGAAAUGCGGUGUUGAGAUUAAGAAAUGUAUUUUGUUUGUUCGGCGUUGUUCCUGUUGAUUUUUUAAGUUACGUCGACGCUUGUACAGGAGCUUGGCAGAUAUCUGUACUGUAAUUGCAUUGAAUUAACAAGCUAGCUAAUUUGUUGUAAAAAUGUUAAAUCUCUAACCGUCCUUUAUGCCCACUUAACUAAACCAGUAAACGAAUCAGAUGCUUUCCACCAUCGUUUAAUCAGGAAAUGUAAACUUUUUUGAGUAUCGAAUUUCGGGAAAAUUUCCCUUCCUCGUUUUGUUUCGAUCAGACGAUGCGUCAUCUGAAACGUUUCUUUUCCAUUGCGCUUCCUAACGGCAGUCGCCAUUGUCAAGUUAUGUUUGCUCUAGAUACGGUGUUCAAUAUCAGUUUUCUGUUGAUUGUAAUUAGGCCACCCUAGUUUUACCAUUUAAUUAGCGGCGGUGAAUUGUAGAAACGCGAGCCUUGCACCCGUGAUUGUUGUACAUUGUGCUGCAGCUCACGUGGUGUGAAGCAUUGAUUAUCCGCGUGGCUCAUUAUUUGAUCCUAACACUUAUGUGCUGACAAAACAGGAGCCCUGUAAGAUCUAAACUGGAUUUGUGUUACAGCAUUAAAACUGAAGUACUCCCUGAAAGCACAAACGAUUUUUUUUUUACCUCAAUUGUACCCAAGAUGUCAGCUAUCCUACAAGUUAAAGCUCCAGUGCCUUUGCGAGGCUCUGGAGAUGGCAUGGAGAUGGACGUGGUGCCGAGUGCCCCGGAGGUCACUGCAGAAUCGCAGAUGGAGGUGGCCCCGCUCCAGCAUAGCCCCAAGACGAUGCCUGUAGCUGUGCUCCGCCCAGGGGUGCUCCACCUCGGCAAGGUGGGUCGUGAGGCAUGUAUGGAGGUGGAGGCCACACGUAUCCUGGUGCCCCAUGCUGCCAUCAGCCGGAGCACGCGCACCCAAGCUCCAGCCCCUGGCUUGGGGGAACAGGGCCCGCCGGAGUCCUGCAAGUCGGCCCAGGACUGGAAGGCCACUCUGGAGAAAUUGCAGAACUCGGAGCACCGGCUUCUGCGUGACAAGGAGGGCCUGUCUAAUCAGCUGCGCGUUCAGACUGAGGUGAACCGGGAACUGAAGAAGCUGCUGGUAGCUUCGGUGGGGGACGACCUCCAGUACCACUUUGAGCGUCUAGCCCGGGAGAAAAAUCAGCUAGUGCUGGAAAACGAGGCACUGAGCCGGAGCCUGGCCCAUACGGCCGAGCAGCUGGAGCGCAUGAGCAUCCAGUGCGACGUGUGGAGGAGCAAGUUCCUCGCUAGUCGGGUAAUGGCCGACGAACUGACCAAUGCGAGGGCGGCCCUGCAGCGCCAAGCCCGCGAGGCCCAGAGCGCCAUCCAGGAUCUGCUGUGCGAGAGGGAGGAGUUCUCUGCCCACAUGCUACACACACACAGGGCCCUGGAGCAGCUGCUUGUGUCGCUCCAGUGGGGCAGGCAGCAGACGUACUACCCCAGUGCCCAACCACUGAGCACCGGCGAGCUGGCGGUGGCCAAUAAGAAGCUCGCCGAGGCGGUGAAGUCUCACCUGCUGGGGAACGUGGGUGGCAGCGUCCUGAAGACGGCCCAGGCGUCUGAACUCUGCAGCUCCCCGGCAGAGAAGAUGGCUGAGAAGGUGUUGAGGUGUCUGGAUCCUAUACAGUGUUCUGAUGACCAGUGUAACUCCUCCUCCUCCUCGACAUUUUUGUCCAAUAAGAAGAACAUUGGGCGGUUCCAUCCAUACACCCGCUAUGAGAACAUAACCUUCAACUGCUGUGAACGGUGCAGCGGCGAGCUGCUUGUGGUGUAGGUCACGCUGUCUCCGGUAUUGUCACCAUCGCUGCGAAAGCAGAAUUUCUGUGCUCUCCUAAGGAGAGGGAAGACUGCUGUGGGUGUUCAAAGUGAUCCUUGUAGAUGGAGUACAGGAGAGAGAACUUUCCAGACUUUUUAUCUUUUGAUAUGUUUGCAGGUGGUAAUAUUAAACCCCUCAGUGUUAAUUGAAUGGUUGCUGUAAGCUGGUAAGCUUGAAACUGAAGUGUUUUUGAGUGGAAUUAAAUGACUGACUUCUCGAUGGAUAGAUCCAUGGUACUAAGGAGUCAUCUGCAUAUGUUAAAAAAAAUGAGUGAUGAGCAGUGCUGGGAUUCAUGCCUUUUUUUCUUGACUUUUUUUUUUGUUUGUUCAUUAUAUAGGAAAGUUUUUUUUCCUGUUUUAAAAUAAGUGUUUUGAAAUUCUGCUGAUUUUUCAAUCAGCGAUGGCCUUUCUGACUUGUUGGCUGGCCACCUCUUGGUAGAAAAGGGCCUUCUGCUCCCUGUGACAAUCUGCAUGUCACUAGCGUGGAAUUGGAAGGCACCGUUGCCAUGUGAUUUAACCCCAAGAGUCGUAAAUACCCAACUUUCUCGGUCAGUGUAUAUCCAUAGGAGUGAUAUGUGGCUUAGUGAGUUGGGACACUGCGCCUAUAGCCAGAUUAUUUCAAAUGGUUCAGUCCCAAGAUGAACAGAGCGAUUUCGGCAUGGGGCCGAGAGGAAUUGCUUCAGGGACUGUCUGCCCCUGCCCUCUCAAAAAAAUGUGUGUCACUUAGGAUAAAAGCAGCUGCUAAAUAAUUAGAAAUGUCAACAAACAUGUGACUAUUUAAAGUCUUAGGAUGGACUCUGUUUGCUUCUCCUAUGAGAAAUGUAUUUAACAAAUGGCUUCAGUAGAAAGAAACGGAUUGUAUAAAAGUGUUGAUUGACGUACUGUAAGGCUUGACAGUGUUGUGCAUUAAGGAAUCCUGCAGACCAGAUUAAUAGUGAAACCUGUCUGUCUCUUGUGGUCUGGCCCACUACAGAGACUGUGUUAAUUUAUAAACAUAUAUAUAUAUAUUUUUUUUAUAGGUCUCUAAUUUUUUCCCUCACCAAUCAUGAGCUGUGAGACCAAAUAAAAAUUGUGGCCUGAGUGAGUUUUAAAUGUGCUUGAGUGUCUGUAAAAUUAAUAAUAAUAAAAGAAAGUUUUAUAAAACUUGGAGGAUUUACUGUGUCCUUCAACAGUCUGUUAACAGUAGUGACCUAAUGCUCUGAUGAAUUUAGCAUAAUUUUUGCAUCUUUAGUUGAGGAAGAUGCUUUAGAUCUCUCUGGAUUUAAAUAUUUGAAAUCACAAUGAAGCUGCAUCAUGUAAUUUUAAAAUCUCUAUAAAUGUAUAUGCAAAUUUAUAUUACAUACAUUAGCCAGUUAAACAUGGAACGUGUUAUGAUAUAUGGAUAAUGGCAGCUUUAAAUGUAAUGGGAUUUUGUGGUGUUCUAUGCCUCUUCCUGGAAAUGUAUCCUGAAUUUGCAACGUGUGACUCUUUCUUUUGAUUGAGUCAAACUGACGGGAGUAUCUAGUAUCACAACAUGAAUUACAGCAGGUUCCUUCUUCAGAGCGCCUACCAUUCCAUUUUCCUGACAGUUUAUACACGCAGCACAUUGUUGGGUGCAAAAUGUUUUUCAAGGGGAGCGAAAUGGAUCUGGAGUUUCAAGGUUGUUUUUGCGAGGAGCCCAUUGCUCCUGCAUGCCCCGUUUUUUUGCUCUGCUGUCAUUCUCUUUGAUUUAGAGUGUUUAUGUUCAAUUGUUUUUAAUAUAAAAUGCCCAGUGUUUCUGUACCAAAAGCCCUCCAUAGCAGAAUUCUGCUUCUAUUCUGUGUAAAGUAUUUUUAGUCACUUGUUGGUCCCCCUCUUUAUUUUAGAAAAGUAAGAACGUCUUUGAAGGGUUUGUGUUUUUUUCCAAGCUGGGAGUAAUCUGGGGUUUCUCCGGCUGAGU